UUUUUUGCUACUUUUGGGGCUUUUUGUUCUUUAAUGGUGACUAUUCCAGGCAUUCUUAUGUCGGAACGUGUAAGCCGUCGUUUAUUGCUUCUCUUGCCUGGACUUACAAGCGUUUUAAGCCUGAUUUCAUAUUUAAUUUUUGACCGGCUAACUUUAUUUGAUGGAAUAUUCCGUUAUGGAUGUGCACUUUCUUUUAUUGUUUAUUUUUGCUGUUUUGGCAUAGCCUUAGGCAUAAUUCCUUACUACAUUGCAGGAGAAUUAUUUCCCCAAAAUUUUCGUUCAACUGGCCAAGCAAUUGUUUUCUUUACCUUUUUCCUGCUUGCGUUUAUUUUUUAUACUUUGACAUUGCCCAUGUAUGCAUCUAUUGGAGUUUGGUGUUUUCUUCCUUUAUUUAUCAUUCCACAGAUGAUUUGUUUAACUAUUCUUUGGAUAUUUCUUCCAGAAACAAGGUAGAUGAAUUAAAAAACUGAAAUUCGAACCAGGACAAGACGUUGAUCAGAGUUUAAGGAGACUCCCGCUCAGUAUUUUUAGUGAUUAAUAAUGAUUUGAAACCCGGCUCUGGUCAUAAUAAUCUUCCAGAAACAAGGUAGAUGAAUUUAAAAAUUCAAAAAUAAGUUCGAAACAUGGCCGAACCUUAAUCAGGGUUAAAGAGACC